AAAACGUAUUCUCAUGUCGGUCGGCAUCAGCGGUUUGCUGUUGUAAUAUUUGCAUGAGUUUUUGCAGUUACGAUUCUAUUGUGAUUUUGCAUCGAAGUUUUUUGAAAUUCAUGUGGAAAGUAGAAGAGUAGAACAACUAUGGCACCGACAACCAUGCUUCCGAAGCUAUCGGAUGCCACUCAGACAAUAUCAUUCUCGGACGGAGAUGGAGUGUGCAGUGCCGAAGUGUUCUCCACCAAUGUUAUGGUGAAUACCAAUGCUGGGAACCAUGACCAUGGUAGCUCAAAGGUGAAGCUUAAGAACCUGGUGGACUACAACUGGGAGCCUAAGUUCUACUCUGGACAACUGCUGGCUAUUCAUACCAGCGGGAAGUAUCUGGCUUAUUGUAUUAAAGCUCCGAAUCCCGUAAACCCCGGAACAUGGAGUGGAAUGGUGCGUGUUGUGUACACGCCGGAGCCCGGCACUGACCGCCGCGCGCUCAUCAAGGGUAUGAAAGGAGAGGUACAAGACCUGGCGUUUGCCCACAUCCAAAACCAGGUGGUACUGGCAUGUAUUGACGAACAGGGCAACUUUUAUGUCCAUGAGAUUGAAGUAACUGACAGCGGCUUGAGAUGCACUCUACUAGCGGAGGUCCGCGAAGAUACGGGUGCAGUGGGUACCUGCCACCGCGUGGUGUGGUGUCCCUACAUCCCUGACGAUGAAGACGAGGGUUCUGAUGAUGACGUGGCUCGACUGCUGCUUACUACCCAUGACAAUAUCGCACGUAUGUGGAACACGCGCGCGCUGUCGGGCAGCGUGGCGGCGUCAGCGCGCGUGGGGGGCGCGGGCGCGCUGUGCGCCGCCGAGCACGUGGCCUGCAUCCUGGACGCCGCCUUCUCCCCCGACGGCAGCGCGCUCGCCACCGCCUCCGCCGACGGAUACGUCAUGUUCUUUCAGGUGUACAUGCACGCAGACAGUAGCCCGCGCUGCCUGCAUAAGUGGCAGCCCCACGGGGGGAAGCCACUCAGCUGUCUCUUCUUCUUGGACAACCACAAGAACUACAACACGGACGUCCAAUUCUGGAAAUUCGCGGUUACCGGUGCGGAGAACAAUACGACAAUUAAGAUCUGGUCGUGCAAGUCCUGGACCUGUCUGCAGACAAUCUCAUUUACACCCGGCCUGGGCACUGAGGCCAGUCUAGGCCUGAAGGCUAUGUUGGACACAAGUGCCAGCUACUUGCUUCUCUCAGAUUUCAAGUCCCGAAGUCUAUAUGUGCUGCAUAUGGCCCGUGACCCUGAAGAUACUAUGGCCUACUGUAAGAGCAUCUCGGAGUUCCUGUUGCCAUACCCUGUGUUAAGCUUUUGCAUUGUUGAUGCUGAGGAAGUGCAAACAAAAUGCGAGCCAAGCUGUGAAGAGAACUUGUAUCGUAAUGGAUCGAGCGGGGACGCGGACUCGCCGGUACAUUACGAGCUACAUCAUGAUGAGGAGGGCUCGGGCGGAGAGUGCAGCGCGGAGUGCCGGCGCGUCUGCGUGCGCCUGUAUAUCGUGCAGCCCAAGGGCCUGCAGGAGGGACGCCUCGUCUACACCCCACCGCGCCCCCCUCUUCAUGCUGAUCUUAUGCACGGAUUAUCUGAAUUGGCUCUAGAGGACAGCUCCUCGGAGUCUGCGCCUGCGACCAUCGCGUCUAGCAUCUUGCAGCAGCAGAGCCAACAACUCAAGAACUUGCUCAUGCGGUCUCAGACUCAGCCCGGUAGUCUGAUCGGCACUCGUCCAGAGUCGCCGUCUUUGGCGCCGCAGCUGAAUCUCAUGACGCCAGACGCUUUCAGUUCGCCAGGCAAGCGCGAGGAAGAUGACCCCCCACUGUCCGCUACACCAGAUGUCAACAAGCCGCGCAGCUCCACUGGAGGUCCCUGUGAGGAGUCGUUAGUCGAGACAGCUGGAAAGCUGGCCUCGGCAGGCUCCAGCCCCAGUAGAGAGGUGCAGCAGAUCAUGUCGCACAACGACCAUCCCUUCUUCAAGGAGGAGGAGGUAGAAGAGCCGGAGGGAGUAGAGGGCGACGUAGCGAACGGGUCGGCGGAGCUGUACGGGGCGGAGGCGCUGUACGUGGCGGACGACGUGUUUGCGGCGCCCGAGCCUGCGCAGGCGCAGCCUGCCCCGCCACUGCCCGCGCUGCCCGCGCUACCCGCGUUACCCGCGUUACCCGCCUUGCCCGCCAAACUCGUGCACACCAACAGCGACACAUGGCCGCAAAUAUCGGUGCCACAGAUUUCGGAGGGCGGCGGGCGCAAGGCGUCCAGCGACAAGUCGGGCAGCCAGUCGGCCAACGCGUCGCUCAACCUGUCGGGCGACCGCAACGAAGAAGUUCGCUGUGCCGGACUCUCUCCCGCUGACAAAAGUCGCCUUGAAGCACUCGAGCAUAAGCUUGACAAACUCACUGAAAUGUUGACUGUCCAAACUCGUGAACUUCGUUCGUUGCGCGGCGCGGUGGUGUCCCCCCGCGAUAUAAUCGAUGAAGCUCUACAUGCGCAUACGCAACGUACCACGCAAGCCGUCGAGAGUGCGCUGUCUGACGGGUGGGAGCGCAUAGCGCGCGUGGGCGAGGCGGCGUCGGCGCGCGCGGCGGCGGCGGCGGGCGUGGGCGCGGCGCGCGCGCUGGAGCCGCUGGCGGGCGCGCUGCAGGCCGAGCUCGCCUGCAAGCUCUCCGCCACCGACGCGCUGCUGCGGGACAACAUCGAGAAGCUCGCCACCAGCAAGACAAUAAUGGAACGUCUAAGCACAUCAAUAGCCAAGUCUCUAUCGGACAUGGUUCGCGAUUCGUUCCGCGACGCUCUCUUCGACAGCGUCAUACCCGUCAUGGAGAAGACUCACGCGCAAAUAUUCAAGCAGAUCAACCAAGCUUUCCAGAAUGGUACCAAAGAAUUCGCCGCCAACACGGAGGCUGCGGCCCGCGCGGCGGCGGAGCGCGGGGGCGCGGCGGCGGCCGCAGGGCUCCGCGCGGCGCUCGACCGACACACCGAGGCCCUCGCCGCCGCGCACUCCUCCAACCAGCAUCUACAUAUUGCUGACAUCAUCCGAGAGACCACGCACAGCGUACUGGAAAAGGAGCUAUGCUGGUGGAGGGAACAGGCCCGUGGCGUAGCCCUGGCCUCAAGGGCGCACUCCCCAUCAACACCACAUUCACACCAUGCCCACGAUCGCCAGAUGCAGGUAGCGCAGAUCCAGUCGCUGAUAGCGAGCGGGGACGUGAACGGCGCGUUCCAGCAGGCCCUGUCGGCGUCGGACCUGGCGCUGGUGGUGAUGGCGUGCCGCGCCGCCGAGCCCGCGCAGGUCUUCGGCCCGCCCUGCAAGCUCAAGCAGCACGUACUGCUCUCCCUCGUACAGCAGCUCGCCGCAGACAUGGCCAGGGACACCCCGCUCAAACACAGGUACCUGGAGGAAGCAGUGAUGAACCUGGACACGUCGAACCCGGUGACGCGGGAGCACCUGCCGGCCGUGGUCCGCGAGCUGCAGAAGCAGCUGGUGUCGUUCCUGGCGGCCGCCCCCCACCACGCGCUGGCGCGACAGCUGCGCAUGCUGCUCAUGGCCACCGAGGCGCUCGUCAAGGUCGCCGCCUGACCGCGCCGACAUGCGCCACACCAUGCUCUCUGAAAUAUAUCUAACACUACACUCUACGGACUCCCUGAUGUGAUACCUUACUACUGAUUCCGUAAGUGAACGUCUACAUGUAGGAUUUAUUUCACUGCGCAUUAACUACACUUAUUUCUCCCCGAGUUUUAAGUAAUUCUUUAGUUGAUUCUCUUAUGUGUAAGACUAAAAUGUUGUUAGCACAGCGUUUUGUGAACUCUAUUAGUUAUUAUUUGUACGGGUUAAUUGUACAUCACUAACGUUAAAGAGAAUUACUUAACACUCGACUCUUAUUUAACUUCAUUUUAUGUUCAGAUACACAAUGUAAUAGGGAAAUAAUAUCAGAAAUAACUUUUUUUACAAAGCAGUUUCGAACAAUCUAGGUGACAAGGAUUUUUCAUUCUAUUUCACACACAUUUCAAAUUAUUUCAUAGUAAAUCAAUUAUCUCCUUUUACAUUGUUAUCAAAAUAAAUAAUAUCGGAUUAUUUAGUGAUGUUACCAAAUACCUCACUACAAUAUUAUCUACAUCUUGUCUUGAAUCAUCACUUUUAAGUCCGAUUUAUUCAAAUGAGGUUUUAUAAGCUUUAUAACAUCGAUGGCGGCGGCCCAUAGACAGCUAUAUUGUGAUAUUAAGGAGCUUGAAUGUUCCACGAGAGUAUUCAAGAUUCCUACGUGUUUUUUUUUUUUAUAUUUGACUAUUUGUAAAACGUGAUUUUUUAAGUUCGGGAGCGUAAUCUCCGGAUGAUGUUAUUUAUGGUUGCUGAGAAUAAUUCUGUUCUUAGACGUAAGUUAGUUGGGUUUCUGUGUAAAAUGGGUGGUUUAGUUUGUGGAAUGAUGCGUGUGACUAUGUUUUUAGUAUUCAGUCUGAUAUUGUGUGGAAAUAUAACAUAUCUCGUAUGAAAAGUGUGUCUUGCAUUUUACUAGAGCAUCUUUGUUAGUCCCUUUGAGGGUUAAAGGACGUGUUGCUAUGUUAUUUUAUAAAAGCUGAGAAUUUCAAGCAAGACUGGGUUCAGUUACAUUCAUUGUGAGAUAAUAAAAACUUUUAUUAUGAAAAAGUUUGGCCGCGACGCCAAACUUGCGAUACGAACGCUACUUAUUAACCAU